AUGGAGAAGAUGGCGAUGAAGAUGUUGGUGAUAUUUGUCCUUGGAAUGAAUCACUGGACCUGUACAGGUUUCCCGGUGUAUGACUAUGACCCGGCUUCCCUGAAGGAGGCUCUCAGCGCCUCUGUGGCAAAGGUGAAUUCCCAGUCACUGAGCCCCUAUCUGUUUCGGGCGUUCAGAAGCUCAGUUAAAAGAGUCAACGCCCUGGACGAGGACAGCUUGACCAUGGACCUAGAGUUCAGGAUUCAAGAGACGACAUGCAGGAGGGAAUCGGAGGCAGACCCCGCCACCUGUGACUUCCAGAGGGGCUACCACGUGCCCAUAGCGGUUUGCAGAAGCACCGUGCGGAUGUCUGCAGAGCGCGCGCAGGAUGUGUGGGUCCGCUGCCACUGGCCCUCCAGCUCCGGGUCCAGCAGCAGUGAAGAGAUGUUUUUUGGGGAUAUCCUGGGAUCCUCUACAUCAAGAAACAGUUACCUGCUUGGUCUCACUCCUGACAGAUCCAGAGAUGAACCGCUUUAUGAACGAUCACGUGAGAUGAGAAGAAACUUUCCUCUUGGAAAUAGAAGGUACUCAAACCCGUGGUCCAGAGCAAGAGUAAACCCUGGCUUUGAGUGA